AACGACCUUCAUCUUCUCCAAUGGCGACCGCUUCUCUCACGGUUUUCCGACCCCGCCAUCCGAUCUUCGAUCAAACCCGAACCAAGCAACCGGAAACAGGUUGCUACGAACUGGUGGGCUCCGUUGUUCGGAAUGUCGUCGGAACCGGACUACAUCGAUGGCACGGCCAGAUCGCAGGCCGUUGAAGCCUUGGGGUCCAAUAACGAACCCGUCCGUCCCAGAUCCAAGUUCGCCGGAUGCUUCACUGAGGAAAAGGCCAAACAGCUCCGGAUGAAGACCAUGGAAACGACAACGUUCCACGACAUCAUGUACCACUCCGCGAUUGCAUCCAGGCUCGCAUCCGACGUUUCGAAACGGUUCGACAAAUAAGAACUGCCGUCGCUGGUGGUCCGGUAAGUCCCAAGCCGCUGGUAUCCGUCGGACUUGGGUCCGAUUCUAUUCCUUAUUUGUCGAUAUGAAAUAUCUUGAAAAAAAGAAGAUCUGUGUGUCAUCUGAAGACCGUUGGAUCGUAUGUCUGUAUGAUUUGGGACACUGAUGCUAUUGACUAUUGUGUUAUGAAUCAUAUUAUGUCUAUGAAUAUGAAUCUCUAUGUGUUCUUUUAA